AUACUCUCCAGUACCUUUACUUGGAAGUAUAGAGGGAAGUUGUGUCACCCGCCGCACUGGAGUUGAGAGCACCCGAAUAUCAAAAUACUCCAACACCUUCUUUUUCACGUAACCACUUAAUUCUCUCUCUAUAAAUAUAUCACACCACAAUGAAGCCUUGCUCAUCACUAUUCUUCUUCUUCUUCUUCCCCUUCUCUUGCUUAAUUUGAUCCCAUUAGUUUUUGUUUUCUUUUCUUUGUAUUGAUAUACCCACCAAGAUGGGAGAUGGCAACGUCAAUCUACCUCCUGGUUUUCGAUUUUACCCGACCGAUGAAGAGCUCGUGGUUCAUUUCCUUCAACGAAAGGUGGCCCUCUUGCCUUGUCACCCCGAUGUCAUUCCUGACCUCGAUCUUUAUCCAUAUGAUCCUUGGGAACUUGAGGGAAAAGCUCUGGCAGAGGGAAACCAGUGGUACUUCUACAGCAGGAGAACGGAGAGCCGUACCACUAGCAACGGCUACUGGAAGUCCAUGGGAGUCGACGAUCCAGUCCUCAACAGCUCGAAUAAGAAAAUCGGAAUGAAAAUGCACUGGAUGUUCUACAUGGGAGGACCUCCCACCGGCGUUAAAACCAACUGGAUAAUGCAUGAAUAUCAUCUCUCGGAUUCCGGCUCCAGCAGUAGUAGAUCAUCCAGAAGAUCGGGCCACACAAAAAUAGAUUUUAGCAAAUGGGUGGUCUGUAGGGUCUAUGAGCAGAAUUUCUGCGAUGAAAAUGACGACGGGACAGAGCUGUCGUGUUUGGAUGAAGUGUUUUUGUCAUUGGAUGACCUUGAUGAAAUAAGCUUGCCCAACUAGAAUCUGAGAUAUCUUAAUUACUACUCCUAGUAGUACAAAAGAUUUAUCCAAAUGUAGAUUUUAAUUUUAAUUAAAUGCAUCGGGAACGAGAAGGCUCCGUGACUUAGUGAUUAACAC